AUGACUAACAUGAAGGUUUUUCGUUGGUUUGUACAGAUGAUGUAUGUCUCUGGUGAGACAGCAGAAGCAUCAUCAGAAACCACUGGUAUGAUCGAAGAGAUAGUACGGCAACAAGUUAUUGAAAUGCUUCGUCAAUGUACUGAUCAGGCAACACGUCGAGGCAGUCGUUCAAUAUCAACCGAUGACCUGAUCUUCCUCAUCCGACACGACCAAGCUAAGGUUUCUCGUCUUCGAACCUUUCUUUCCUGGAAAGAUGUCCGCAAGAACGUCAAAGAUUCUGACGAAAAAGGUGGCGAUGCAGAUAUUGGAGCUGGUGAUGAACCAGUAGGAGCAAAUGCACCCAUCCCGGAUACCACGAAGAAGAACAAAAAAGCCAAAGUAGGUCUCCCGUGGGAAGUCCCCUCACUAUACAGCCAAGAAGUCCCAGAACGCGAAGACGAAGAAGAUGAAGAUGAGGAAGAAAUGAAUUAUGCGACCUUACAACGCCUGAAGAAAGCCGACGAGCGAACCAAAGCUAUGACCAAAGAAGAAUAUGUCACAUGGUCCGAAUAUCGUCAAGCCUCAUUCACAUUUCGCAAAGGAAAGCGGUUCAAGGAAUGGGCUGGCUUUGGUGUUGUCACAGAUUCUAAACCCAACGAUGAUAUUGUAGAUAUCCUUGGUUUCCUUACCUUCGAAAUCGUACAAACAUUGACCGAAGAAGCAUUGAAGAUCAAGGAACACGAGGAUCUGGGCAAGGAGAAAAGUGGUGGUGAACAAAGAGGGAAAAAGAGAAAAGUACAGGGAUUGUUUGAUCCACCAAGUGAGGGCAGAACUCCAGUUGAAACAAGACAUGUUCAAGAGGCGUUUAGGAGAUUGCAACAGAGACCGAUCAAGCAGAGAGCAAUGUGUAAUUUCAACCGGGGGCUGAAUAGGACUCCUUUGAAGUUGUUCUGA